AUGGAUCAUGAUUUCGUUCUCCAGCAGACGCUCCCCUGGAGCUUACAGCGCAAUCGGUUGGCAGAACUUCUGACGGCGGAUUUCACGGUUGCUGCAGGCUCAGCAGCCUUGGUCACUCCGGCCGUGAUGAUUCUGGACAGACUGGUGGUGGAAAAGUCCUCUCACAAUCAACCUCUUCUGCCCGCAUUUCGUCGACACCUGUGGCUCUCUAUCACGCAACCUGCGACCUUCCUCACCUCGCGACCCAGUCUGCUCGUCUGGUCCCUCUACACCGCAACGUUUGCCGCGGCGAAUGCCACCGAGACCGUCCUCAGCGAGGUCUAUCCACACAUCGACCACGCACUUGCCACGACGUCGACGUUCUUGACUACGUUCGUGGUCAACUCCUCCGUCGGCAUUUGGAAGGACGUCAAGUUCGCUCAACUUUUCGGCCACAACCACAACACCAGCACUGCGGGGACAACCACACCCCCGCCCCCUGCAGCGGCAUCAACUCCGGCAGCCACAGGCGCCACCAAACCAGCCGCCGCCGCCGCCGCCGCGGCAUCCCAGAGCAAGAUCCUCCGCUCCGUCACCCGCUCCAUUCCCUUUGCUACCUACUCGGCCUUCCUCAUCCGCGACGCCCUGACGAUCUUCGGCUCCUUCAGCCUCCCGGCGAUGGUCUCCACGUCCAUCCCAGACUCGGUCGCUUCGAGCGAGUACGCCAAGAUCCUCCUUGCGCAAUUGGCCAUCCCAGCCUCGAUCCAACUCAUCAGUACCCCGAUCCAUCUGCUGGGUCUGGACCUCUACAACCGACCGAUGACGAUUCCUGCCGCGGACCGGAUGGCGCGAGUGAGUCGGGAUUGGAUCGGGGCGUCGCUGACGCGGAUGUGUCGCAUCAUUCCCGCCUUCGGAAUCGGUGGGUUUGCCAAUACCGAGGGGCGAGCCUAUCUCCAUGAGCAACUGCGGCUGUCCGGUGAGGAGUGA